UGACGAACAGCAAAGAUAAUCCUCGUUCUAUAGCCAGCGCCAUAAUGUCUAUCAAACUCUUGAUUGUUGCUGCUUUGGCGAUUGGAGCUUCCGCUUCUGCUGAUCCCAAUUAUAGACCCCCUCGCCCACAGUAUGGUGCCCCACCCAGAUACGAAUACGUCGAGAUUCCGCAUUGCGCUAAAAACACAACAAAAUCCUGGUGUCUCGAAGACUCUGAAUAUCCUCAACAUGAAAUCCAACAAGCUCUCGAUGUACACUACCAGGCCGUCCUCGCUUUCUACAAGGACAAGUUGGCAAGCACAGAAAACUCUGUCGGUGGACUGGACAAGUUGAACGACGAGGUUUACCUUUGCCCGAGUUCCACUGGCUACAUCCGUCCUCUUCGUGCCAUCAACGUCGAUGGCAAAUGGCGCACAAUCAUCAACAACGUCGAGUCUUAUGGCAUCAAGUACACUCAAACUGCUCGUGUGGAAGAGUGUGAUGUUGUUGUUGGGACCAGUUGUCCGUUAGUCGAGUCGUGCUACGCCUCGAAAUGCGUUCAGAAGAACAUCUUCCAUCGCUUUUUGGUUUACAAUCCUUAUGAUGAAAAUUUCCCAUUCGCAAUUGAGAAAUUCAAACUUCCUGGUUCGUGCGGAUGUGUCGUCGGAGCUUUCCAUCUUUAAUUCUUUAACUUCUACGUUAAUAGAUAUAUGCAUAGUAGUUCGAAUAUAUACGUAUGUAUAACAUCUAACCUCUUUUGUCUUUGAUCAUGCAAAUUAUUUAUUUUUACUAAUCUGACUGGGGAAUAAAAUCGAAUCGCAUAUA